ACGAGGCGGGGACAGCAGGCAGACGGGCGGGGGAAGCAGCGUGCUGGUCGGGCUGGUGGACAGCUGAUUGUCCGUGUUAUUAACUGUGUUUGGGGGCGUGUCCGCUCGCCUCAUAGACCACGCCUCCCUCACCUACUAGUUCCCUCUCCUGUUUGGCAUCCCAGAGAUGGUCCAAAGUGAUUCCUCAGGGAAGAAUCGAGCGCAAAUCACCCGAGCAGGAGCGAACGAGUAGCGGAGACACCGCUGCCCAGGACUGCCUUUUAAUUGCGCGUAAUCUUCCGUUUCAUCAUUCUGAACAGAGGAGAAGACUUUGUUGAGAAAUAGGUGUUUCAUCUGCCGUGGUUUUUCUUUCUCACAGUGGACUGUUUGUUGCCAAAAAGUGACAUUUUUGCGUGUUUUUUCUCAGCUGCACCUUGAUCCGGGGGACUGUCGCCAACUCCGAGCAGCCUCUCAUCUCGCUCUUCCCCUUUCAUCGCUCUCACGUUGUUCAUCUUCACAGCUGCAGCUUCCCCCUCUCUUUUUUUUUUCUUCUGGAGUCGCUGACAUGAGGUGCAGCUAACCCUGGAUGCUGACAGCUCCCCCUCUUUCCUUCCACAUGUCGCAUCUUUUGUUUACUUUGAGAAAACACACCGCGCAACUAAACGCCAAGUGAAAUAGACCACGCCACUUUGCUCCUCUGACAGCGCGAUCAAACAGACGCAAGAGGAGGGGAGGCAGGGAGAGAAAAAAGGAGGGAGCCAAGAAGAGGAGGAUAGAGAGUGUGUGGAGAGAGAGAGAGAGAGAGUAUACGAGAGAGAUAGCGACAGCGUGAAGGUGCGUUUUGAUGUUUGGCAUCCACGAGAGCAUCCAGAGGAGUGGGAGUAGUAUGAAAGAGGAGCCCAUGGUGGCCGGGAUGAACGCAGUUCGGACAUGGAUGCAGGGCGCCGGAGUGCUGGACGCCAACACAGCCGCUCAGAGCGGAGUUGGUCUUGCUCGGGCACACUUCGAGAAGCAGCCGCCCUCCAACCUCCGCAAGUCCAACUUCUUCCACUUCGUGCUGGCGUUGUACGACAGGCAGGGUCAGCCGGUGGAAAUAGAGAGAACCACCUACGUGGACUUUGUGGAGAAGGAAAAGGAAACGACGGGGGAAAAGACCAACAAUGGGAUCCAUUAUAGACUCCAGCUCCUCUACAGUAACGGCAUCAGAACAGAGCAGGACCUGUAUGUUCGUCUUAUCGACUCCAUGACUAAACAGGCGAUCAUCUAUGAGGGUCAAGAUAAAAACCCAGAAAUGUGUCGGGUGCUGUUGACCCACGAGAUCAUGUGCAGUCGAUGCUGUGAUAAGAAGAGUUGUGGUAACAGGAACGAGACCCCAUCCGACCCUGUCAUCAUCGACAGGUAAGCAAACUUUGCCCUUUGACCUCAGACGAUGUGACAACACGCUCUCCUUGCAAACACAAAACAAGGCAUGUAUGACUGUGUAUGGGAGAUAACAGUACAUGUGUGCAGAAUACAAAGGCGGAAAUGUUUCAGGGAAAUACAAGAGAUGCAAACAUGGUGA